AUGCGCCAAGUGAAUUUACUCGUAGUUCUUGACGGAUUUGGUUACAACGAAGCCACCGACCACAACGCCAUCGCUCUGGCAGACACCCCCACCUGGGAUGCUUUGUGGGCUAACCAGCCGCAUACUCUGAUUUCCGGCUCCGGCGAAGACGUCGGAUUACCCGCCGGCCAGAUGGGUAAUUCAGAAGUUGGCCACAUGAAUCUUGGCGCUGGGCGCGUGGUUUAUCAGGAUUUCACCCGUAUCAAUCGAGCCAUUGAACAAGGUGAGUUUGUAAAUAAUCGCAGUAUUAAUGCUGCGUUUAAAAAGCUCGAUCAAUCCGGCGGUGCCCUGCAUGUCAUGGGCCUUCUGUCUCCUGGCGGCGUGCACAGCCACGAAGAUCAGAUAUUCGCUUUACUCAAAGGUGCUGCUGAACGCGGCAUCACAAAAAUAUAUCUGCACGCUUUUUUAGACGGUCGCGACACCCCUCCACGCAGUGCCGAGGCCUCUAUCCGAGCAGCCCAGAAGCUGUUCAAGACCAUGGGCGUAGGCCAGAUCGCAAGUCUUGUCGGCCGCUACUACGCCAUGGAUCGCGACAAUCGCUGGGAUCGACAGGAGCAGGCGUACAAUCUGAUUGUCCGCGGCGAGGCGCCUUUUCAUGCCAGCGAUGCUUUGGACGGCCUCAAGCAGGCGUAUAAAAGAAACGAGAACGACGAAUUUGUCCAACCCACCGCCAUUCACAACCCAGACGAAGUGCCGAUCGCCUUAAAACCUGAAGAUGCGGUUAUUUUCAUGAACUUCCGUUCAGAUCGUGCAAGACAACUCACGCGAGCCAUGACCGACCCGGAGUUUGAUGGUUUCAAACGCCGCAGCUUUGUACCCGUCACUGAAUUUGUCACGCUUACCCGCUAUGCCGACGACAUUACCGUGCCCUGCGCAUUCGACCAGCAGCACUUCAGCAACACCCUGGGCGAGUAUCUGGCGAAACUCGGUAAGACCCAGUUGCGCAUUGCAGAAACUGAAAAAUACGCCCAUGUGACCUUUUUCUUUUCCGGUGGCAUCGAACCCCCCUACGACGGAGAAGACCGUAUCCUGAUCCCCUCACCGGAUGUGGCCACUUACGAUCUGCAGCCUGAAAUGAGCGCUGCCGAAGUCACCGACAAACUGGACCACACCGCCCACACGCAAAACGUGGUGCCGCUGGUCUAUGUGGGCCCGCAGUCACUGGAAUUCAGUGACAACGGCACGCUGUCCGAUGUUGCGCCAACGUUACUGGACCUGAUGCAUAUCGACAUUCCGACGGAGAUGACAGGCCACUCUCUGGCAAAAAUCAAAACCCAACGCAGCGCAUAG